AUGUAUCUCACUAGCGUUCCCUCUCGAAGCACGUGUCUGCUGCACUACGACAAGGCGCCGCUGCGACUGUCCAGCGCCCGCUUCCAGUACAUGUACGAUGACAAAGGAAGAGAGUACAUCGACUGCGCCGGGAGCAUUUCCGGAGUGGGUCACUGUCACCCUGCCGUGGUGGAGGCCUCCAGGAGUCACAUCGGCGCUCUGUUCACGACCUUCUGUGACCUCUCGCUGACCUCUGACCUGGCCAGCUACCCCAAACAGCUGCUGGCGCUCAGUGGGCCGCGGUUUGACGCGGCGCUCUUCACUUCAACGGGGUCGGAGGCUAUCGACCUGUCGCUGCAGAUCGCCCGCGGCUACACGGGCUGUCACGAUGUAGUGGUGGUGGAUAACUGCUUUCACGGCUGUCUCAGCACGGUCAUCGAGAUCUCGCCCCGGGAAAUCAAACGGAAACAGCUUACGCCUAAAGCGUGGGUUCACAUCAUCCCCAUGCCGGACAUGUACCGAGGACCUCACGCCGGGAAGAAGGACGCAGCUGAACUGUACUUUCAGGACGCCAAGCGGGUCAUAGAGGCUGCCAUGGCGCGGGGACGGAAGAUCGCCUGUUUCCUCAGUGAGCCAGUGAUGACCGUGCCGGGUAUUGUGAUCCCGCCGCCCGGUUGGCUGCGGAAAAUACACGACUACAUGCACAGUCUGGGCGCGCUGGUGAUUUCCGAUGAGAUGUGCACUGCGAUGGGGCGGAACGGAAAGUCGUUCUGGGGCUUCCAGGGGGAGAGCGGCGAUCCCGACUUCAUCUGCUGUGGAAAGCCUAUCGGCAACGGCUACCCGAUGGCGGCGGCUCUGACGCGGAAGGAUCUUCUAAAAUCCAUCAACCAGCCCAGCCUAUGGGAACAG